AGAACUUACAUGUAAAAAUCUGCCCAAAUGCUUUUUAAUUGAAGCUUCCAUUCCUUAAACAUUCUUCCAAGGUUACACGAAACGAAUCCAACUUAAUCACAACCGUUCCAUUACGUUACGCAGAUCCUUCAUCGCUCUCGUCGUCGUCUUCUCCUACAACACACAAACGCACGACCAAAUUCCCGAAAUGCCCUUCUGAGGUUUCGCUCUGCUUUUCCCUGCGAGUUAAAUUUGCACUUUUUACUGGCUUCUGGGAAUCCAACAGAAUUUGAAAUCCGAAUGUGGUUCUGAAGAAAUUUCCGCUGUUUUUUUUGUUUUUCGGACUCGUGCACGAAAUGGGUUUCUUCCGAAUUCUCAUUUGGGGCCUUCGAUUUUCCUUUCCGUGAUCGAAUUCUCAUGUGGGUUUUCCGACAAUUUAGAAAUUUUGACUUGGGUUUUUCUUGUUGGGAACAAAUGUUUCGUUCUUUCGGAUUCUUUAUACAUAAAUGGUGAUAAUGGCGCUUUUUCCACCUGAAGAAGUUUUUUCAGAUUCUGGGGUUUGAGAAUCUUGCAUGAUUUUUCAGUUUUAGUGUGGUUGUUCAUAAUAUCAAUAGUAUUUAAAAAAAAAAAAAUUGUUCACAAUGUCUGGUGGGACUCCUACUGCGGGUGGAUUUAUGAGACAACGGCAUAGUCAGGGCUAUGCUUCUAGUGGGGAUGAUCUUGAGGAUGAUGCUUGUUCUAGGCUGCGCCAAACUUUUGAGUCAAGUCCGAGAAUUUGGUCACGGAUUGAGAUUGUGGAGAAUGUUCUUUGGCUUGUCUCGGCAGCUUUUGUCGUUUAUUUUGGCGAUAGGCACUCCAAUUUGAUACAUCUCCUUUGGCAUGACGACAGAAUCAGAAGAGUGCCUUUAUACCUAGGAAUGGUGGGCGUAGGUUUGAAUUUUAUCGUCUUUUGUUAUACAAGUAUGUUAGCAUGGAGUGCCCGGAGAUUUGACGAGAAAUGGGAGAUGACUAGUACAUCUGCUCUGCCAUUUGUCACACUUCUUGGGAUGACCUCCUUUUGCUUGUUCACCUUUGCGUUGUGGCCAAUAUGGGGCUUCUUGACCCUUCCUCUUCUGUUCACUUUGUUCAUGGCAUGCAUGGUCACAUUUCCCUACAUCAUCAUCGGCACAUUUAGGCCACAGUAUGAUGAGUUCCGUACAGAUUAAGUCUACCUAGAUAAGGAUUCAAGACCAACCAUACCGACGAAGAUGAAGAGCUUCUGAUCAAGCAUGGAUAGUUAAUACUCGCAUCGGUUAAUACAUUGUUUCGUGGAGUUUCUGAUGCUAUAUUCCGCCAUACUGAUACCACCAACAAGAAGUUGAUUGUCUUUUAAUUUAAUCAACUUUAUUUUUACAUGUCAACUCUAAUUUUAGAGUAGCCUCGAUGACAUUGAUAUAUUCAUUGGUUCUACAUAUCGUCAAAGUACAACAGUUGACAUGGGAUUUUGUUCAGUCCCUUGAGGAUGAUUUUAGUUCCUUGUAUAAUUUUUUUAUUACACUGCAUCCUCUGUUAUAGGAAGCUCUGUUAGCUGUGGUAUUGUUCAUCUUUGCAUUUUUGAAAAUGGGCAAUGAAUUCAUUUUCAU